UGGUCGAGCCUCCCAGCCGCUGACGUCAGACAGGCUCUCUUGUGUAUGUGUCCGCGCGCAAGAGCAUCCAUUCUGCAUCCUAAAAGCGCUCUGGAGACACCGAAGGACCAAAAGAAAAGAGAGAUGCAAACGACGCCAGGUGAGAGUUUGGCGCAACUUUGAUGAAGACAAGAGCGCGGAGAGACUAUUCUUAUUUCAACCGGAGCCGAGAGCCGCGCCACGAGCCAUCUCCUAAUCCCCAAUCCUUUGGUUUGGAUCUUUCAAGAGAAGAGAGCAAAUCUGUUCAAAGGCAAAGGACGAACUCGUGUUAAUAAGGUUGCGUUUGUGUUACCGUUGACCAACCAUGAUCCUGAACGCCUCAGACCUGGGCUGGGAUGAGUCCUCGGGUUUGGAGCCCUUGUUCCCUCUGGACCAGCUGGAGAGUUCGUCCCCACCUGAGUUACCAGCUCUGUCAGUGUGGGGCGUGGCCCUCUGCGUUUCAGGAACCCUCAUCGCCGCAGAGAACGCAAUCGUGGUCACCACCAUAUUGGCCACCCCCUCUCUUCGCGCCCCCGUGUUCUUGCUGCUGGCUAGCCUCGGCUUGGCUGACCUCCUGGCAGGCGUGGCGUUGAUCCUGCACUUUCUCUUCCAGUUCUGCGUGAGGCCCAGCGAUUGGUCCGAAUUGCUGACCUCGGGACUGUUGGUGACAUCUCUGACUGCCUCGCUCUGUAGCCUUAUGGGUGUUGCCCUGGACAGGUAUCUGUCUCUGAGCCAGGCCCUCACCUACGGCUCCAGCCAAUCACGUCACAGAGCCGCCAUCCUCCUGUUGCUCGUCUGGGUGGGGGCUUGUGUUAUCGGGGCAGGGCCGGCGAUGGGGUGGCACUGUCUCCAGGAGCAAAGCUCCUGUUCUGUGGCACGACCUUUGACCCGGACAUAUCUGUCACUGCUGUGCGGUGGCUUCUUAGUCGUUGUCAUCGUAACCCUGCAAUUGUACGCCGGGAUCUGCCGUGUGGCUCGUCGACAUGCCCACGCCAUCGCCACCCAAAGGCACUUCCUCCCCUCCAACCAGCCAUAUGCAAGUAAAAACACUAGCGGGAAGGGGUUCUCCCGGCUGAUCCUGAUCCUCAGCGUGUUCGUGGGCUGCUGGAUGCCUUUCUCCCUCUGGGGGCUGCUGGGGGACGCGUCCAGCCCUCCUCUGUACACCUACGCCACCUUGGUGCCAGCGGCCGGCAGCUCACUGCUCAACCCCAUCCUCUACAGCCUGAGAAACAAAGACAUUCGCAAGGUGCUGCUCCACGCCUGCUGCCCACACAGAUUCUCGCAGAACGCACACAUACACUACCCGGUUGACGUGUAAGGCUGCCAAAUCUCAGCAGACUCAAACCGACAACCCGCAAUCUAUGCCAGACAUAUCACCGUCUGUGUGCCAAGAUACACACACACAUAGCUGCACUGUCAUCCAUCUCCAGAACGUGAAGUCUCAAACACACACACACACACACAUACUCCCACACACACGGAAGCAGCACUUUUCAGAGACGAAGUCCUUCUGCAUAUCAGAAUGUACUGAACUGUCCUGGCUGGCAGCCAUCUUGAGUCUAAAGACUAAAUGUACGGUCCUGUGUGUACUUUGUGCCUCAUCCUCAGUCAAUUGUAGCUCCUGGGUCCCCAGAAUAAAACAAUCAAAGGGACGCAAUCCAACUCCUAAGAAGUGGACUUAAUAAAGAGACGCGAGGACGUGUCUCCAACAGAAGCCUGUGGCAGAGCAAUGGCAUGUGUGAUCCAAAGGCCAGUUUUAUUUACUUGAAUGUCUAGAAGCCAAAACGUUCUAGAUCUGUGAGAUUUUGCACACGCUGUUCAAGGCACUUUUAAAGAUACCGUCUAUAUGUUUGUGUUGCACAACUUUUUUGAAAUGAAUGUUUUAUACUGAUGAAUAAUAAAUGUUUUUUUCUACUGGA